AUAAUUAGGCAGUUUUUACUUUUAAUAUAAUUCACAAUUUAUUGUUUUCUCGUUUAUUUCAGGAGACGACGGUUUAACACAAGAAAUUCAGCGUGGCGUUCUGAUUAAAGAAUCGGAUUGUUGCUUCACGAUUUGGUGCAGCGGCCGCCAGGGUUGUCAGAGCAUGAUGAUCCAACUCAGGCUACUUAAACGGCAGGAUGCGAUUUCGAUGAUCAUGCAGCUGUUUCGUCCCAAGUAUGAUACUGUGCAAAUAAAAACCGUACUUUCCGGUGACGAAAUGGACACGUUUGUUUUUGCCCUCGGUGAAAAGCGCACCAUGGCAAAGUUGUCGAAUGAAAUGAGCGAUCUGAGUCUCUAUUGCUCAGAAAGAAAAAAUGGCGAAAAGUUUGGUUUGCCUCCAAAUUUUACCGUCUUCUCUGAACUGCCAGAAGUCAGUUUUUCGUUGAUUGAUUCCAGGAUUUCAAUGCUCAUAGCGAAGUAUCACGAUUGCGUGGACUACGUACACGUAUCAGAUCACAAGGCGAUUGCUUCAGAGCAGUCAAUCAGCGACCUAAAGCCGCUGCUGCUGUUGGUUUUCUACGUUGUAGAAAAGGUUCGGCGAUUUCGGCUCACACGAGACGAGUCUUUCUUAAAGACAACGCAUGCUCAGAGGCAAGAAGCUGCUCAGAUCAGAAGGGAAGAACGAGCGAGGGAACGAAAGGAAAAACUGUUGGCUGAAGAAGAUCCGGAGCGCCAAAGAAAACUGGAAAAGUUGGAACUGAAACGUGAAAUGAAAAAGAAGCAGCCUCGCAUGAAGCAGCUGAAAAUUAAGGCUUCAUAAAU